AAAAUUGAAAUAUUUUGGGAACAAUGAACUACCUCUUGCUCCAGUUCAUCUUAAUAGCUUUAUAUUUUUUGGUUCACCCAUUGCUUACAGUGGCAUCUUCACCACUGAUGGUGGCGUAUCCACCUAUUGCAAAGCCUGGUUGUCAGGAUAUUUGUGGGAAUGUGAGCAUUCCGUACCCUUUUGGAAUAGGGGAUGACUGCUACCACAGCCUACCCUAUGAGGUUACUUGCAAUACCUCUUUGUUGCACCCAAAACUUUUCUUGAACGAAUUUAACCUUGAGGUUGAACAGAUAAGUAUUCAUACUUUGGUUCAGAACACUAUAACUGUAAAAACUCCGCUGCAGAGAACCUGCAGCAUCCUAGAUACAAAUAUAAGCAGCAUCGACCUUAGGGGAACUCCUUAUUUGUUUACGGCGGGGUACAAUUCUCUUUUUGUUGGGGGUUGUGGGAGUAGCACCCUCUUGUUAGAUAGAAGCAACAAGAUCAUUGGAGGUUGUGCAACAGUUUGUGAUAAGAUUCCUAUGAUAACGAAUGACUGCAUUGGCCGUGGGUGUUGCAGCUUUAAUCUUCCUUCUUCACUUGACUUUUACAGCGUGAACAUCUUCAACUUUGGUAAUGGUACUAAUGACUGCACAAACGCCAUGUUAAUGAAUAGAACCUCAUCAAUUAUCAGCGGGGCAGUUGAUCCAAGUCUCUCUAAGUUUGCAGUAGUCCCGACAGUACUGGAGUGGACACCCGGAAACAUAACAAUGCCUGCUGAUGACCCAAACAAGAAUUGUCAAGGCCCUCCAGAUAAGUAUGAUUGCUACUGCAAUUAUGGAACUUUUGGGAAUCCUUAUCUUCCGUAUGGAUGCCAAGUACCAAAAGAAUGCAAGGAAUGCAAGCUAGGGUGCACCAAACAAGGGAACCAUUAUCUAUGUGUUCGAUACAAUUCUGAUAAAUCUCAUACCCGGUUGAUCCUUUUGGUUCUUCUUGGUGGUUCAAUAGUUGGCCUGAUGCUGUGUACUGGAAACAUAAGCUGCAUAUACCUUUGUGUUAAGAAAAGGAGGCAUUUGAAAAUGAAAGAGAAAUUCUUCCACCAAAAUGGUGGUUUUGUGUUGAAACAACGGCUUUCUUUGAACCAAGGCAGCAAUGAUUCAACAAGAAUAUUUACUACUCAAGAGUUGAGGGAAGCCACCAACAAUUAUAGCAAGAACAACAUUCUUGGACGUGGUGGUUUUGGUACUGUGUAUAAGGGGAUUUUACCAAAUCACCAAGUAGUUGCAGUAAAAAAAUCCAUGGUAAGUGACCAGAGUCAAGUCGAGCAGUUCAUCAAUGAGGUGGUAAUUUUAACCCAGAUUAACCACCGAAACGUGGUUAAACUCUUAGGAUGUUGCUUGGAGACUGAAGUUCCCUUGUUGGUCUAUGAAUUUGUUUCCAAUGGAACUCUUUUCGAUCACAUACACAAUAAUGGUGCACAGUGGCUUUCAUGGGAAAACUGUCUGAGAAUUUCAACUGAGGCUGCCAAUGCAAUUUCUUAUCUGCACUCUGCAGCUUCAAUGCCCAUCAUCCAUAGAGAUAUCAAGUCUUCCAACAUUCUCUUGGAUGAUAAUUUUACUGCAAAAAUAGCGGAUUUUGGAGUCUCCCGGUUAGUUCCCAUCGAUCAAACUCAAGUUACCACCCUGGUUCAAGGAACAUUUGGGUAUCUUGAUCCAGAGUACUUUCUGACAAGUCAUCUGUCUGAGAAGAGUGACGUCUGCAGCUUUGGCGUGGUUCUGGUUGAACUUUUAACAAAGAGAAAACCAAUUUCAUGGGAGACUGGACUUGAAGAUAGAAACUUAGCGAUGCAAUUCAUUAGUUCAGUCAAGAGCAAUCAAUUUUGUGAUAUUCUUGAGCCUCAACUCAUGAAGGAAGCAUCUCAGGAGCAACUUUUUAGCAUUGCAGAUCUUGUAGAGAAAUGUCUUAGUGUAAAAGGAGAUGAUCGGCCAUCCAUGAAGGAUGUUGCAACGGAGUUAGAAGGACUGAUGAAGAAGAUAAUAAUACAACCUUGUUCUAAUCAGCACGAUAAUGAAGAACAUAGACACUUGAUCAUUCUGCCUUCCGAAGAUCAGAAUGUAACCCGUCAGAUAAAUUUUGAGGAGGAUUUAAUUGUUGAGAUGAGUUCCCCUUGUUACAACUCUCAGAUUAAUGUGGAAUAUCUGACAGAGAUCCUGCAGAUAUAUGGAACUGCUGGCCUGUUUUUAUAUAUGCUGUCCAUUAUACAAAAAGCCUUUGGUACCAUGUUUUAUAACAUGUUUCAGCUCAUCAUUAUAGCUCUAUUUAUGUUGGUGCACCAAUUGUUGAUGGCGGCAUCUUCAUUGCCGCCGAUGACAGCUGAUCCUCCCAUUGCGAAACCUGGCUGUCAGGAUAUCUGUGGGAAUGUGAGCAUUCCGUACCCGUUUGGUAUAGGGGAAGAUUGCUACCACAGCUUACCAUAUGCUGUUACUUGCAAUACCUCUCUGCUUUCUCCAAAGCCUUUUCUGAGUAAAUUCAACUAUGAGGUGGUAGAGAUUAGUCUAGAAAACAUGUAUACACACACCUUAAUAGUGAACACGCCGCUGCAGAGGACCUGCAGCGUCCAAGAUGUAAACAUAACUAGCAUCGACCUUAGGGGAACUCCUUACUGGUUCUUUGGGGAUUCCAAUGCUUUUAUCGUGGGGGGUUGUGGGAGUAGUACUCUCUUGUUGGAUAGAAGUAAUAAAGCCUUAGGUGGGUGUACGACAGCUUGUGAUAAGGGUCAUAUAAUAACGAAUAACUGCACUGGCCGUGGGUGUUGCAGCAUAGAUGUUCCUUCGUCACUUGACUUUUAUCGUUUAAAUGUUUUUAACUUUGGUAAAGGUGAAUAUAAUUGCACGAACAUCAUGUUGAUUAAUAAGACCGCAAUUGUAAACAAGGUGGUUGAUCCAAGUCUCUCAGAGUUUGCAGUUAUCCCGACUGUACUGCAAUGGGCCUCUGGAAACAUAGCAGUGCCCUCUGAUGACCGAAACAGGUACUGCUAUCCUGCUGAAGGUCCUCUAGAGAAUUUUAAUUGCUACUGCAAAUAUGGCUAUUAUGGGAAUCCUUAUCUUCCUUAUGGAUGCCAAGUCCCAAGAGAGUGUAAGGGAUGCAAACGAGGGUGCUCCAAAGAUGGAAAUCUUUAUCAUUGUAUUGGCAUUGACCGUGAUCCAAAUACACAACGAAUCAUUUGGUUUAUCAUUGGCAGUUCAAUAAUUGGCUUAAUGCUGUGUACUGGCAACAUGAGCUGCAUAUACCUUUGUAUUAAGAGAAGGAAGCAUAUGAAAUUGAAGGAGAAGUUCUUCCAUCAAAAUGGCGGCUUUUUGUUGAAACAGCGACUUACUUUGAACCAAGGUAACAAUGAUUCAACAAAAAUAUUUACUACUCAAGAGCUAAGGGAAGCUACCAACAAUUACAGCAAAAAUAACAUUCUAGGACGUGGUGGAUUUGGUACCGUGUAUAAGGGGAAUUUACCAAAUAACCAAGUAGUUGCAAUAAAAAAAUCUGUGGUAAGUGAUCAGAGUCAAGUCGAGCAGUUUAUCAAUGAGGUGGUAAUCCUAACCCAGAUUAACCACCGAAAUGUGGUAAAACUCUUAGGAUGUUGCUUGGAGACUGAAGUGCCCUUGUUGGUUUAUGAAUAUGUCUCUAAUGGAACUCUCUUUGAUCACAUACACAAUGAUGGCCCCCGUUGGCUCUCUUGGGAACACUGUCUAAGAAUUUCAACUGAGGCUGCUAAUGCGAUUGCUUAUCUGCACUCUGCAGCUUCAAUGCCUAUCAUCCAUAGAGAUAUCAAGUCUUCCAACAUUCUUUUGGAUGAUAAUUUUACAGCAAAAAUAGCGGAUUUUGGAGUCUCUAGGUUAGUUCCCAUUGAUCAAGAUCAAGUUACCACCCUGGUUCAAGGAACUUUUGGAUAUCUUGAUCCGGAGUACUUUCUGACAAGUCAUCUGUCUGAGAAGAGUGAUGUCUACAGCUUUGGAGUAGUUCUUGUUGAAUUGUUAACGAAGAGAAAGCCAAUUUCAUGGGAGACUGGACUGGAAGAUAGGAAUUUAGCGAUGCAAUUCAUUAGUUCAAUCAAGAGCAAUCAGCUUUUUGAUAUCCUUGAGCCUCAACUCAUGAAGGAAGCAUCUCAGGAGGAGCUUAUUACCAUUGGAAAUCUUGUAGAUCAAUGCCUUAGUGUUAAAGGAGAAGACCGGCCAUCUAUGAAGGACAUUGCAAAAGAGUUAGAAGGAUUGAUGAAGAAAUCAAAGCACCCUGGGUCUAAUCAAUGCAAUAAUGGAAACAAUGGCUUGCUAAGUGUACAUAAGCACUCUUGUGUUCAGCCCUCCCAAGACCAGAAUACAUCUCGCCAGAUUAAUUUUGAGAAGGAGUUAAUUAUGGAGAUGAGCUCUCCUCGCUAGCUUUUUAAGGAAUUUGCUUUGUCCAUAUACAAAGAAUUGUUUCAGGACAAUGAGAUUUUCCAUAAGAAUCCUACCAGUGGACUCAAUGCUUUGAUCUACUCAAGGAAAUUAAGCAACUGAAGAAUUGAUUUUUUUUUGUUAUCUUGUUUAAAGAUCUCAAUUCAGAAUUAGUGAAUGUAAUACAUUUGUUGAAUAAGAUCAUCGUGAUUAUGUAUUAAAUCCAGGGCUACAGGAUAUGGUUUGUGACAGGAUGCAGGGGAGUGUCAAAUGUCAGAAAAUUCACCAGAUCACAGACAUCAAAGUCCUGUUUUCUGAGUAAAAUACUUGUAAUUUUUGAAGGUCAGAUUAAGGCAUGUUUCCUGAAUUCUGUUUAGGUAAUGAAUUUUGAGCUCUAGAUCUUUAUUUGUCAUCAGUAUUUUUUGAAUAAGAACUAAUUUUGGCUUGUCUUCA